AUGACGCUGCCGUUGGGGGCGACCCAGGUGGCUGUGGUCUCUUUCAUCACUAUGGCCUUCGCGAUUGUUGCCACUCUCCUCCGAAUUUGGUCGAGGCGACUACAAAAUCUGCCCCUCGGCUUCCACGAUUACAUGGCGAUCGUGGCCAUGUUUUUAGCAGCUGCGACUGUUUCGGUCUUUCUCACCGCCGGAUUUGCCGCGGGACUUGGCAUGCAUCUCACGGAUAUCAUGGAGACCGAUCCUUCCAAAAUCUGCGUCCUGUCGCUCUUGAGAGUUCACUGGCUGGCCGCCUGGGACUUGACAGACUUGACCUAUACCGAAACACCAGGAGCCAUUUAUUCAGUCCUGGAACCGACACUGGGGGUUGUGAACGCCUGCCUACCAACCAUCAAGCCAGCCAUCAAUAAAAUUCUGGGGUUAGACGCGCUGAAUUGCAGUCAACGCGACCCUGAAAGCAAUAAAUCCUCCAACAAGACCCCUGUGCAGAAUAGAAGAUGGACAUAUGGCGCAUCGGUCAAGGGCAACGGCAAGCGUGACUUUGAAAGACUCGAGGACGAGUUUCCUCUGACCAGCUUAAGGACCGAGGGACAUCCGGGCACCAAAUUUUGCAACGGAAACAACCUUACUGUCAACGAAGAAUUCAGACUUCACACCUCCACCCAGGGAAUGGUCUGGGUUGAAACAAGAGUCCCCAUCUCUCAAACACGGCAUGAGUUAGGAGGUUGA